GAAGAACACUUGUGACGUGAUGAAUUUACAUCGUUUUGGUACAUUGUAAAUGUAUAAAAACGAGCAAAUAAGCAGUCACAGCUUAAUUUGAAUGCAAGUAUCUUUAAAAUAUGGAACAUCCUAUAUUUCAAACCAAGAGGACCGCUCAACACGUGCCAAAAGUCAUAAAGGUUGUUAAUUUGAAGCGAUUCAUGCCAGAAGCACCACUAGAGGUAACACCUAAAUUAAAAAGAACUUGGCAUAAGCCAGUUUCACAUACAUCAUCAAAUAUUCAUGCAAGUAAGGACAAGGUUCAUGUCCAAAACAGUGUGGUUGAAAUAGACAAAGUUCCAGAAAAUCAGGGUGCAAUAGACAAUACAAGUGACAACCAAAAUUACUUAGACUUUAACGAAAAACAAGUGCUAAGCAACGGAAGCAAAAUCAAGUUUAGAAAUUGCUCGCAUACCCAUGAAGAAUUAUCCCGACUUCAUGAACAUACUGAUGACACAUUAGUGAAAGUUGGCGAUGUGUUUGAUUCUAGGGAAUCCUUUAAGCAGUAUUUAAAUGAUAAUGCCAAGAGAUGGCACUACUACUAUGUGUGCCGGAAUAGCAAGAAAAAGUAUAUUGAGUAUAACUGCAUUUGUAUGGCAUAUAACAUUAAGGAGAGAGAAGUGGUGAUAAGAAAACAGAAGAAACGAACAACCGCCUGCCCUUGCAAAGUACGGCUGGCGAUAAACCAAGCAAACAAAGUGAUUGUGUACUACGUGUGUAACCACCACGACCACCCCACGACCGCCAGCGAGUUCCACCACUACCCCCAUGCUAAAUACCUGCCUCAACAUGUUAAGGAGGAGUUUCUGGAUUUGACGUACCUCGGUUUGGACGUAGACCUGAUACAGAAGUACAUCCACUCCGUUGUCGGCCUUACCAUCAAGAAGAAGGACAUCUGGUCGUACGCUUAUAGGUUUAAAAGGAAAAUAUUCAAUAGAAAUAUAAGCGAAGAACGGCAGAAAUAUAUGGAAGGUUUAAUUGCAAAAAUUCGUCAAACGUACGAUCCGCCAUUAGAAACUAAGCAACGCGAAUUGCCAAACGAACAUGCCGAAGUCGUUCUUUCCAUCAAAGAAGUUGAUUUGAGACAGGAGAAGACACUUAAAAUUGGGAAAACAGCUAAUCCCAUGCUAGAGACGUUGACCGACGAUCUAACCCUAAACUAUAGCACAGACCUUCUCGGAGAUACCACAGACAACACAGAAUUUAUAGUACAGUACAUAAACGAAGAAGGCAUAUUAUGCGACGGAAACGGUACACCAGUCACCAACAGUUCUGCUAUUAUGCAAUUUAUUAACAACUACGCGUACGUACCUGUUCAAGACUUGCAGCAAACUGUGUUCAGUGAUAUCAGUCAUGAACAGGAACCUUUUGAUUAUGUACGAGAUGACAAUACGGUGAUUUGCGAAAGUGAACCGUGUGUGGAAGAGACGGGAGGUGCAGUUUUCAAUGACGUCACUAAAAUAUUGGACAGCAAUAUUAGUUUCGAGAGCUCAGAGCAAGAUGAGACUGUGAUAUGCGAUAGUUAUGAAAAGAGGUUGUCACCUACCCCCGAGACUCCGGCUGUGUACGCAGAAAUGGAUAAUUUUAAGAAGUAUUAUUACGUUGAUCAUCGGUAUAUUCCAUAUGAAGACAAAAAAAGAAAGGAAAAGAAUGUUCUUCAGCACAAAGCAGAUUCUCAUGGUGGCACCAAUCCGCCCGGCCUGUCCCGCGAGGAAUUCAUUAAAGCCCCCGACUUUGUCUACCACCCGACGCCAAUCCGCCACUGCUCCGGGCACGAGCACCUGACCCUCCUCACCGACGCUGACGCCAUCUUGCCCGGAGCCCGAUUCCUCGCGCACGACGUUUUCCUCGCGUACAUAAACGAACGGGCGAAUCGCUGGUUCUUCUAUUACUCGCUGAUGGAGAGUGGCAAGGCGCCGGAGCAUUAUGUGUAUAAAUGCGUGUACGGGAAGACUAGAGUGUCCAAGAACACUUACCGCGCCAAGGGGUUGCGAAAAAGAAACAAGCUGACCACGCAAUGCCCCUGCCAGAUCCGUCUUAGGCGGUUAGAAGCGGACCCGACGUACCUCACCGUGUUAUACUCGUGCAACCAUCACGACCACGAGUUGGACUCGACACAGUUCACCGCGCAGCCGCAUAGCCGUAGGCUCCCUUCUGUCAUCAAAGAGGAGGUGAAAGACCUGAUAACUCUCGGCGUGGGCGCGGACGUGCUCCGCAAAUACGUGUUCGCCGAAACCGGAGUACGGGUGUACGGGAAGUACUUUCACAAUGUGCGUAACGGGAUGAGGGCGCGCGGCGAGCAGAGACAUUAUAGCGAGGAGCGAAUCGAAGCGCUCACUAAGAAGAUCAGAGAUUUGGAAGCGCUAUAUGGAAAUGCAGCCAAAGAAAACCCGCAAGCACAACAGAGGAAACUGCCUAACAUACUAAGUCAAAAGAGAGAAUGCAUCACUCAGGCGGGCCAGGAUGAAACUGUAACGAAAACUCAAGAAUAUUGUGAGCUUUCGGACAGAGAUGAUUUUGCUGAGGAAGUCUACAUCAUGCAAGCUGAUACUCUACCUCGGCUACCUUUGGAAGACACAGCGAAGCAGAGCAGACUUGAGACGCGACUGCAGAGCCUGUCGUACCAGGACAUAGUCAACACCGUGAUGGAACUGCAGGACUCGGUGCGUUGUGAUGGUAUGCGGAGCGACGGGCAUGCUAUGGAUACGAGUGAUUUGGAUAAUAUUGGAUAGGGCC